UGAGACGCUCAUUCAGGCAGCGGUGACCGUACAUUGACGGCAUGAAUUUGACAUCAAACUAGUCCGAGGCUUGCAAAGUCGCCGAAUCUUUUAAACGAAUGUUUAUUUUUACAAGGUUAUUAGAAUGUUAUACUUAUAGAUCAGUUUAGCCUUCAGUAGCAUAAACAUGGCGUCUUGAGCUAUGUGAAAAUGGCUCUGUAACACGGUAAGUCACGUUUCCUUGUUUUGUAAGGUCGAUGCGUUUUUAUUUUUUUUAUAUUCCAACGAUGACACCUAGCUAAGCUUUUUAUCAACAGAUCAUGCGAUAGGUUUAACCAGAGCGCUAAGGUUAAAUUGCAUUCUUCAAUUGCGUGUGCGCUGUCUGCAGAAAAGAUUGUUACAAUUGCUAGGUUUCCAUCCAAUUGGGGAUAGAUUUUCAUGCGAAUGUUCUAAAAAUCCGCAAAAUAAAAUAUGCAAAUGUUCCCACCAGUGGUGAUUCUACCAAACGGACUUGUUGCAUAUACAAAUCAGUGCGUGAUGACGUAGUGCGCACAAAAUGUUAAGUUUUAAAUGUACCGAAUAAAAAUCUAAAGUAAAAUGUUUCCAUCGCAUUUUCAACUCUACCAAUAGUUUUGUCACAAAAACGGUUGCAUUAAAUAGCAAAUGUGCCUUCUCUGGUCUGGGGGCUUGCACUCUAGCCAACAGCACUUUCGCCACCCUGUGAAGUUCAUAAUUUAUUUAAUCUGUUGCCUAAUAAACUGCAUGGUUUCCCAAGUCGUAGUGGGAUUGCGUGACUACAAGUUUACUUCGAUAUGAUGGGUAUUAUAUCAAUAUUCGCACAAAGGCGUUUUAAACCGGCAUUUCUCGCAUAAUGAAUUUGACCGACACAAAAAGUUCCCACCAUGUUGAAUGAACAAAUUCUGUCUGCAUUUAUAAAAUUAUACUGAAACUUCCUGUUUCAACAGCUGUUGUGAUUUAAAAAAAAUACGGUAUGACAUUACUCGCAUUAAAAACCUGGAUGGAAAUAUGGUUAUUGUAGCCAUUAUUUGUAUCUAACACUAACCCAUUCCUAGACGCUAACUGCUUUAGCGCCUAUUGAUGAUAGUAUCUUAUGGUCAAGGGAGUUUUGUUAAGAUACAGGCGCUCGUUCUGAACGUAAAAAUGCAUCGCUUGUGGUACGGUUUUGGAAAUAUAAGUAACGUAUCUUUCAUAUCAGCGAGGAGAUUUUUAUUUAUUUAAAUUACUACCACCUUUAUAGAGUUAGUGCUCCCACAUCUCCAUGUUACAUGUUUACGGAAGACCUAGGUGGCCACCUGUGCUAAUUUGCUGUCAAGCUCCGAACACCUGUGUGUAAGCAUAACUGUCGGAUGUGGCAGGGCUUGCAAACUAUCACGGAUUACAAAGGGAAAUCCAGCCGCGAGCUGCCCAAUGACGCAAGCCUACCAGACGAGCUAAAUGCCUUCUAUGCUUGCUUCGAGGCAAGCAACACUGAACAAUGCAUGAGAGCACCAGCUGUUCUGGACGACUUUGUGAUCACGCUCUCCGUAGCCGAUGUGAGUAAGACCUUUAAACAGGUUAACAUUCACAACGCCGCAGGGCAUGCGCUGACCAGCUGGCAAGUGUUUUCACUGACAUUUUCUACCUCUCCCUGACCCAGUCUGUAAUGCCUACAUGUUUCAAGCAGACCACCAUAGUCCCUGUGCCCAAGAACGCCAAGGUAACCUGUCUAAAUGACUGUCGCCCUGUAGAACUCACAUCUGUAGCCAUGAAAUGCUUUGAAAGGCUUGUCAUGGCUCACAUCAACACCAUCAUCCUAGACACCCUGGGCCCACUCAAUUCGGACUACAGGAAACGGAGGGCCGAGCACGCCCCCAUCCACAUCAACAGGGCUGUAGUUUAGCGGGUCGAGAGCUUGAAGUUCCUCGGUGUCCACAUCCCUAAGGAUCUAUCAUGGUCCACACACACCAACACAGUUGUUCAGGAGCCUGAAAAUAUUUGGCAUGGGCCAUCAGAUCCUCAAAGUUCUACAACUGCACCAUUGAGAGCAUCUUGACUGGCUGCAUCACCUCUUGGUAUGGCAACUGCUUGGCAUCAACCACAAGGCGCUACAGAGGGUAGUACGUACAGCCCAGUACAUCACUGGGGCCGAGCUCCCUGCCAUCAUCCAGGACCUCUAUACCAAGCGGUGUCAGAAGAAGGCCCUAAAAAUUGUCAGACUCCAGCCUCUCAAGUCAUAGAUUGUUCUCUCUGCUACCGCACGGCAAGCGGUAUUGAUGCACCAAGUCUGUAACAGGGCCCUGAACAGCUUCUACCCCCAAGUCAUAAGACUGUUAACUAGUUACUCCGUGUAGCUAUUUGGUUAAUUAUUUAACUAUCUGCAUUGACCCUUUUUGCACUAAUUCUUUUGAAUCAUCACAUACGCUGCUGCUACUGUUUAUCUGUCACUUUAUUCCUAGUUAUAUGUACAUAUCUACCUGAAUUACAUCGACUUGGUACUGGUACCCCGUGUAUAUAGCCAAGUUAUCUUUACUCAUUGUGUAUUUAUUAUUACGUGUUUUACUUUUCUAUUAUUUCUCAAUUUUCUUUAUCUUUGCAUUGUUGGGUGGCGCAGUGGUCUAAGGCACUGCAUCGCAGUGCUAACUGUGCCACUAGAGAUCCUGGUUCGAAUCCAGGCUCUGUCGCAGCCGGCCGCGACCGGGAGACUCAUGGGCGGGCGCACAAUUGGCCCAGCGUCGUCCAGGGUAGGGGAGGGAAUGGCCGGCAGGGAUGUAGCUCAGUUGAUAGAGCAUGGCGUUUGCAACGCCAUGGUUGUGGGUUCGAUUCCCACGGGGGGCCAGUAUAAAAAUAAAAAAAAAAAAUUGUAUUCACUAACUUUAAGUCGCUCUGGAUAAGAGCGUCUGCUAAAUGACUAAAAUGUAAAAUGUUGGGAAGGGCCCGUAAGUAAGCAUUUCACUGUUAGUCUACACCUGUUCAUGAAGCAUGUGACAAAUACAAUUUGAUUUGAUUUGAACUGGGGUAGGAAGUGUAGUUCGUUAACUGGAGGCGCGCACACACAGCUUGUCGAUCUGUGCAAAACUGCUACAGUAAGUGUAUUUUUUAUUUGAACGAUUCUAUGUCACAGAUAUGAAAGAUAAGGGAUAUAUCAGCAUAUGUUCCGAAAAACGCUUUGAAAGCGAUUAUUGACGUUUCUAAACGUUAAAACGCGGCAUCAGAAUUGUAGUUCACAUGGAGCCAACCGUGGGCGAUUGUAACCGCUGAAAACCCCAUGUACGGAGAAGGGUUUUCAAGGCCUAACACAAACCGUCUGCUACGGUUUCAGAACAACCCAUAGCUAUUGUUUGCUAGCUAAUUGAAACACAGUUCACAAGGACAGUUGAGCACACGCUGGCGUUGUUUUCUGCAAAUAUUAAUUAAAGUACAAGUGAAUACGUUUUCAUUGAUCUGACACGGUAUACUCUGCAUGAGGUUGACACUUGACAACUACUGCUUGAAAGGCUAACUAGUGUGAGAGCUAGUGGAAAUAAGUAGUAAGGCUCUCCCCGACCCCAAAAAAUAUUGGUUGACUGAAAGUCGUCUGUUCUUUCGUCAACAUUUUUAAAGGUGUAUUUUUCCUUAUAUAGACACACCCUAUGUGUUUUAAUAAAAUCAACAAUAUGCAUUGAGCUUGUCUGAUGCAUAAAGCUUACGGUUUGAUGAAAUAAGACCUGCCUUGAGGGUGCCAGAGAUCUAGAUAACCAGAAUAUUUUAUUUUUUUACCUGACCCAACUAUUCUCUUCCCGCUCCUGCUGGCUUUCGCAGAUUCUGCCAUUACUCUCCUGAAGUUGCUGGUAAUAGGCUACACGAGGAGUCGGCAACCUUUCUCAUGUGGAAUGCCAAUUUAUCUUUAUUUCUACCGAUCUGCAUGCCAGUUAGGGUUUUCAUAUGCAAAUUGUCGUGAAACAGUUUAAUUUAAUGUAUAAUAACGUCUUCAUAUCUCAAAAUCAUUGUCAUGUGGUUAAUAAAAAUUAUCUAAAUGAAAAUGAUACAAACCUAAAAAGUAAAUUAUAUUGCCAUUGCCAACAAAUAAAAACAUUGCAGUCUGCAGGUAGAAAAUAUCCUGAUAAAAAUAAAUAUCCUAUAAAUUACAUUGGCUACAUAUGGCCUGUCUGCUAACUUGGGUCCGCCGAAGCUAACAUUGUAUAAAAUAUUCUGGGCUCUCAGAGUUUCCUGCGCCAGUGAGCUCGGGACAGACACAGCUAUAGGCUAUUUGCAAGGGAUAAGAAGCAGUGCUGGACUUGGGCAGGAGCUCACUGGAGCUGAGUACCGGCACCUGAAAUGUUCUACUGCUUGAGCUCCUGUUCCUCUUAUAGAAUAUUAGCUCAAAAGUAUUGUGGAGCUCCUUUACCUAAAUAUAAACAGUACCAGCACCCAAAAUGAGUACCGGAACCUAUUUCAGUCCAAGCCAAGCACUGAUAAGAAGUAAUCAGGUAGACCUAUUUUAUGACAUUUCCACUGGAUCAGAGCAUUACAUUUUUCCCUUUCACGCUGAGUGGUUAUCGAAAGGGAGAGAGCUGGAAAUAUUUUUCAAAUACAUUGAGGAACUAUUAUAAUUCUCAAUGGAUGUAAAAACAGACAUUUUGCUUGCUGUUUGAGGUGAAGAAAAGCAUUACUUUGAGAAGCUCCACAGCUCAUUAGUGGUGGUGCAUUAAGCCAAUCAGAAAUACUAUCAGAUCCCCAAAUGGGCACAUUUAUAUGUCUACAUUUGUGCGCAGGCCAGGUAGCCUAUAGGCCUACUUCUAUGCGUAAUCAGGUGCGCGUCCUUACUCAUUGACAGGAGCGCUCCAAACAAAAGACAAUGACAAAAUUGACAAAACUCGUAAUUGGAAUGAAAUAAACCAAAACUUGUUUCUCACACUCUGCAAACAAUGUGUCCACUCAGACAAUGAUAACGGGAAGACUGGAAUAAUAAUAUUGAAUGCAUUAACAGAAAUUACCGGAACCAAAGUAACAAACAUUGUAGAUGAGAAAUUAUAGGAAUUAACGGUAAAUGUACUACUAGUGAUAUAUGUCAUGGGGAAUUGAUAUACACUAACAAUCAAACGCAAUCAAUUCACACAAUUAAGUUAUGAAACAAUGAAUGUGCACAAAUUGGCGGGAGAGAGCGCAUUCUGGAGAGAGAAGUGCAUUGUGCAUCUGGGUGCAUGGUCAAUCCAACGUCUGCAUUGGCCGUGCAGCAUUUACGGUGAUAUGGCCUCAGCAGAAGUCAGGGCAUACAUACUUCUUGCGCUUCGCGGAGCAGUGCAGAGCUGUUGUCAAGGAAGUCAGUUUGUGUUUUCUACCGUCAACCAAUCAUGUCAAUGCGGAGCUAUACAGAGCCCUCCACAUUGUUACAACAUUUGGGAGGCGAUGCGGUACGGAGCUUGAUUUGGCCUCUGCAUGCCUCUGGAGGCUCUGCAAUUGCGUCACACCCUCCAUAUGGAGCCUCUGACCUCAUUUUUGGAUCAAGCAUAAAUUGACUUUUAAUUUAGGUGUCCGCAAUGGAUUAGUUCACUGAGAUGGGCACAAAUAUAUAAGGUACCAGUCAAAAGUUUGGACACACCUACUCAUUCAAGGGUUUUUCUUUAUUUGUACUAUUUCCUACAUUGUAUAAUAAUAGUGAAGACAUCAAAGCUAUGAAAUAACACAUAUGGAAUCAUGUAGUAACCAAAAAAGUGUUAAACAAAUCAAAAUAUAUGUUAUAUUUGAGAUUCUUCAAAGUAGCCACCCUUUGCCUUGAUGACAGCUUUGCACACUCUUGGCAUUCUCUCAACUAGCAAGCUAGGUAGGUUACAACGGACAAAAAGUUCCACGCAACUCGCCUGGGUACAAUAUUGCGUUUCACUCAUGCUUUAUAGACCUAACUAGACCUAGCCUAUCAGGGUACAUAAGAUACAGGAUCCGAUAUGUGAAAGCGCUCUAAGCCAUCAAACAUUGGCAAACUACAUGUUUUGCAGAAUGAUAACAAUAGCGAAGCUCAAAACAACCUGAAAGUAGCUAGUCGUUUACCCUAUCCCAAAACACACACUUGCGAAGCUGGUUAGGUAGCAAGCAAACCUUUAGCUAACAUAAGCUAAAUAACAACAGACUUAUUGUUCCCCCUUUCAUCAGUGAUGCUACUUUAUUAGCUAGCUAGCUUUAUAGCAUAUCUUUAUAGCAUAUCAUCUCUAUUUCAGAAAUUAUCGCAAAAUGGAUUAUAACGUUGCCGAUAAAGUUUGGUAUGACAAUUUCAUGUGUACAACAUCUAAUGAUCUGCAUCACGAUACUGAGAGUUUUGCCAUUUGUAAAAGGACGUAUUUGGGUGUUGGAGCCUUGGUUCAUGUUUUUCUGGACGGCCUGGCACUCCAGAAUGAGGCUCAGUAAGUCUGAGUAAGUUUAUCAAAAACAAGUGAAAUCGCAAAGAAAACUGUCUGGAACCUUUUAUAACAUGCCAUUUAUAUCAAAAAUAUAAUACAAAUUCUCCUUUUAAUGGAGCAGAUGAUGCUUGUUUUUGGUACACAACCUGUCCUUUGUUUGGCCAAGAAAAUUACCUUGCUCCACAGCAUCAGCAAUUCCAAUCCAGUACUCUUCAUCAUAGCAGCAAACUAGAAUUCAAGAACUCUGCCAGAAACCGGCAGCUUCCAUCACUUUGUUCGACUCUCCAAAAGCCUCAUAGGUGCAAAGAGUUUGCCAUUAAGUUUGACUUGGUCCAUGGUAAACCCAUAGAUGAGCAUACAAUGGUGAAUAUGCGAGUAUCUGAUAUUCUAGUUUGCUGCUAUGAUGAUGAAUACUGGAUUGGAAUUGCCGAUUCUGUGGAUGAUGAAAACAUGGAUGUAAAUGUGAAAUUCAUGCAUCCGAGUUAUCCAGCAAGAUCAUUUUCUUGGCCAAACGGAGAGAGACCAGAUGCUUGUUUUUGGUACAUAACAUCUGCAUCAUUAAGGAACAAACCACUGCAACUGUUUGCCAAUAUCAAUUUGGAUGUAGCGACAUCACUGCAAUAGAAGAUGCACUGAACAAAGAAAUAAUGAAAUGAGGAAUGAGUAGUUCUCAAGGCAGUUUUUUGUUUUCAUAUGCUUUUUCUUUGAUAUAUUUGGGCAAAUACAUUGUUCUAAUUUUAACUUGUCACUCAUUCCUACAUUUAUAAAUCAUUAUCAUUUCAAGGUUCAGUCUUAAAUGAACAUUGAGGGGGUGGGGGACAUUCAACAGCACCCACUAGUGGUCAGAACCUGGUAAUAUGUGGUUGUAUGAUGGUACAUAAACUUAACAACUUAAAUGACAAAUGUCUCUGAACAGGGGAAGAUGGCCAACACCAAAUUAACUGAGAAUACAUUACAUAGUAUGAAGAAAGAAACAAUACUCCUAGUCGCAGCUUCAUAGUACUCGUCAGACAGAGAACUGAUGCUGUAAACUGGCCGUUGGGGUGGGCUUGGUUUGGGGGUCAGUGAUUGGCUUUUGACAAUUUAUUUGGGUUCCUCACAUCUUAAUCAUUGCUAAUACGAGGUUUGGUCCAAAUCAGAUGUUGGUUACUAUUUAUUGAAUAUUAUAUGAAUUCUAUCAAUUGAAAUGGCCAAUUUGGGUGCAAUCAUUUAGCUUCAUUUCUCAGACCUCAUAUUGUCUUUCAAUAAAAAUAAUGUUGAAGGAAUUAUUUCAAAACAAUCUGAGAUGGUGAGUGACAAAAUCCUAUCUUUGUGCUUUUUGAGGCAGAAUGACCCAUGAUUUCGAUCUGCCUCAAUGUCCUUCUCUUGGUCCAUUAGGUGGUGUGGAGGGCGCGGUCCAUUCAACAAGGAGCUGUGGACUCCAGCAGGCAGGAUGGAGGAGAAGAAACGCAACAUCCGGAUCAUCGAAUGGGAGGACCUGGACAAGAAAAAGUUCUACUCCCUGGGUGUGUUCAUGACUAUGACCACCCGGGCCACAGUCUACCCGUUCACCCUCAUCCGCACCCGGCUGCAGGUGCAGAAGGGCAAGUCCCUCUACACGGGCACCUUUGACGCCUUCUACAAGAUCCUGAAGGCGGAGGGCCCGCGAGGUCUCUAUCGAGGCUUCAUGGUCAACACCUUCACCUUGAUCUCAGGCCAGGCCUACAUCACCACCUAUGAACUGGUAAGGAAGUAUGUGUCCCAAUAUUCCAGCAAUAACACAGUGAAGUCUCUGUGGGCAGGGGGAGCGGCGUCCCUGGUGGCCCAGACCAUCACUGUGCCCAUAGAUAUGGUCUCUCAGCAGCUCAUGAUGCAAGGCCAGGGGGGACACCUGAGCCGCUUCAAGGUCAAACCCAAAAUUAUGAUGGCGACAUCCAAGAGCAAAGUGACUUUCGGACAAAGCAGGGACAUUGUGGUGCAGAUAUGCGCCGCUGACGGUUUCCGGGGAUUUUACCGGGGAUACGUGGCAUCCCUCCUCACCUACAUCCCCAACAGCGCGGUGUGGUGGCCUUUUUAUCAUUUUUAUGCAGGUAGGCAAUUCUUUACAUAUACUCUUUAUAUAUAGCAAGCACUAGUAGAUUUUAGCUAGGUUUUCUAUGAUAUUACAUGACAUGGGCAAUUCUAAAGCUGCUUGAAAUGGAUCUGAAAUGUUUUUGUGAUUUACAUUUUCUCCUGUUUACAGAGAACCUUUCCAAACUAGCCCCCAGCGAUUGUCCUCACCUGCUUCUGCAGGCCAUCGCUGGGCCAAUGGCAGCAGCCACAGCCUCCACCAUCACCAAUCCCAUGGAUGUUGUACGGGCCAGAGUGCAGGUAAAACCACAAGUAUAUUGCUUUGCCUGAAAACAAUCCUUGUUAUGGUUUAACUGAACGAAGUGACACAUUCAUAUUCAGUGGUAUUGUCUUAGUUGAUCCUUUUUGUAAUCACUGGUGACAUGGUUUGCAAACAAUGUCAAGUUUACCAUACCAGAUCCUCUUAUUGGAUUUACAGUGCAUUCGGAAAGUAUUCAGACCACUUCCCCUUUUCCACAUUUUGUUAUGUUACAGCCUUAUUAUAAAAUGAAUUUUUAAAAAAUUAAAAAUCGAAUCAAUCUACACACAAUACCCAUAAUGACAAAGCGAAAACAGGUUUUUAGACAAAUUUACACAUUUAUAAAAAAUAAAACAAAUGCCUUAUUUACACAAGUAUUCAGACCCUUUGCUAUGAUACUCGAAAUUGAGCUCAGGUGCAUCCUGUUUGCAUUGAUCAUCCUUGAUGUUUCUACAACUUGAUUGGAGUCUACCUGUGGUAAAUUCAAUUGAUUGGAAAGGCAAACAUCUGUCUAGAUCCUUGAUGAAAACCUGCUCCAGGGCGCUCAGGUCCUCAGACUGGGGGCGAAGGUUCACCUUCCAACAGGACAACGACCCUCAGCACACAGCCAAUACAACGCGGGAGUGCCUUCCGUAACAAGUCUCUGAAUGUCCUUGAGUGGCCCGGACUUGAACCCGAUCAAACAUCUCUGGAGAUACCUGAAAAUAGCUCUGCAGCAACGCUUCUCAUCCAACCUGACAGAGCUUGAGAGGAUCUGCAGAGAAGAAUGGGAGAAACUCCCCAAAUACAUGUGCCAAGCUUGUGGCGUCAUACCCAGUAAGACUUGAGGCUGUAAUCACUGCCAAAGGCGCUUCAGAAAAGUACUAAGUAGGGUCUGAAUACUUGUAUAAAUGUGAAAUUUCAGUUUUUUAUUUUUAAUACAUUUGCCAGUUUUUGCUUUGUCAUUAUGGGUUAUUGUGUGUAGAUUGAUGAAAAAACAACACUUUAAUCCAUUUUAGAAUAAGGCUGUAACGUAACAAAGUGGAAAAAGUCAAGGGGUCUGAAUACUUCCCGAAUGCACUGUAUUCUGGGGGUAUAUACUGUUCAAGGCACUUAUGAGUUCAAUGGCUUAUUCAUUAUGUUUUACAAAGCAGGUUCAAGGGGUUUUCAGGCCAACUUUUACAAACAUUCUGAAAUGACAAAUAUGGACGUUUCAGGGGGUAUUUAAACGUUCAUAAGAAUGAUUUGCCUAGCUUAAAUACACAUUGAAACAACUGAUUAGGUAUUGGUCAAGACACUAAAGGGACUCCUCAUUUGUCUUUUCACCUAGAUCCAUCGAUUUCUCACUAAACUCUAAAGGAUUUUUUAAAAAUGAUAUUAACCUUUCUCACUGUGUCUCCUAAGGUGGAGGGCAGGUCAUCGGUCAUUGCGACCUUCAAGCAGCUGCUGGCAGAGGAAGGACCCUGGGGGAUGACUAAGGGGUUGUCUGCCCGCAUCAUCUCCUCCACCCCCACAGCCGUGGUCAUCGUGGUGGGCUACGAGACCCUCAAGAGACUCAGCCUGCGGCCCGAGCUGGUCAACUCUAGACACUGGUAAAUACCAGAGGGACAACCAGGGACAGACCCGGGCUAGACUGGGCCAGGGAGCCAGGGACACUGUCAAACACAGACAAAACAUGGCUACAUGGUCCCCCAUAUUGCCGGUUCGGUUUGCCUUUGAAAAACUCUGUUGCCUUUGUUUUAAUGUGAGUUUGGGUAGAGGUUACAGAGGAGGAAUUAUGAUUUGUAUUUUUCUGUUUUCAGGGAGUAUAACUGUAUAUAUUGGAACUUGUCAAUUAGAGGUAUGGAGAAAAAUGUGUGUGAGUUGAGCUGUAGCCCUUAAAAAUGGGUUCUUAUAUUCAUUUUAAAAUGCACAUGUUUAUCUCUGCAGGGUUGUCAGCUUUGUAUUGUUCAUGUAUUUACCCAAUGGUUGCGUUUCACUGGAAAAGGUAAUGUAGACAACCCUGCUGAGAGCCUGUGUCGACAGGCAGGUUUUCUAGCCAAGCACCAUAAUCACAUUCAACAAACAAGUUAGCCCCCCCCACCCUAGGAAGAUAUGUUGAAUAAGAGCAGAACUGCUCUCUAGUACCCUUUUCUCUGAAUAUGAUUUGUGUAAAGCAAGUUUAUUUGAAAGUAGGCUUGGUAAACACUUUUGCAUGGUAAAAUGAUUGGUGCUUGCUCAACACAUGUACAUUUUACAACAAUACUACCUACUCCUGCCUUCAUUGCUUGUGGACUUUUGGGAAUAGGACACUAUAUAUACAAAAGUAUGU